UUUGAAUGAAGCUGAAAUGUGAUGACCUGAUGACAGCAAUAAUCACAAAAACACAAAAUGCCAAUAUUGCAAAGUAUUUAUAUAAAAAUCGUUGAUUAAGCUAUUAAACUAAGCUACUACGGUUUUUUUACAUUUAUCACCAAUAACAAAACCAGCUACAAACAAGUCAAACAUGAAAAUGUCUAUUCCUAAAUUGUACCAAAGCGAGGACUAUUUGAUUGUAAAUAAGCCGUAUGACAUGUACAUAAACUCAGAAGAUGAAAACGAAAAGAAUUCAGUUACCUACAACAUCGCCAAACAUGACUCUCACCAUUCUACAUCCUCAGAUCCAUUGCAUUUUGUUCACCGCCUCGAUUACGCUACCAGUGGUGUAUUAUGUAUAGCAAAAAAUAAACGCGCAUCAGCCAUCGCAGGCAAAUUAUUUGAGAAACGAGAAACUAAAAAAUACUACUUAGCGGUUGUUAGAGGCCAUGUAGAAUUUGAAUUAUGCGAUAUUGAAUAUUCGGUGGGUACUGACGCUUUAACAGCAUCAUCGUCGCACAAAAUGGUGGCGGUUACAUCGCUGCCUGAAACUGCAGUAACUACAGCGGUGCAUCCACGACCGGCGCAUACUCGUAUGCUUCUCUUAGAAACUGGUUACUAUUGCAACGAUCCCGUUAGUGUGAUAUUGUUGAAACCUGUCACUGGUCGUCGGCACCAGCUGCGCGUACACUGUGCUGCCAUUGGGCACACAAUACUUGGUGACUACACUUACAGUAAUACCGAAGAUUCGGCACCACAUCGAAUGUUUUUACAUGCAAUGAGGUUGAUCUUACCUUUACCACAAGAGACACUGGAUAUUCAAACAUCAGAACCAUUUUUCUCGGACGAAAAGUUCUCUUCAAAAUAUCGCUCUUUGCGCAAAUUACACACGUUCUGGAGUAAAAAUGAAUUUAUGAAAGUUUGUGACGCUACAGAUCAGCCACUUACGAUAGGUGUAAAAUAUAAAAUAUUUAAGACACAUACAAAUUACGAUUCUAGCUCGUUUACUGAUAAAAAAGAUAAACAAUAGUUUUCAAUUUAAAACGUAUUUCACAAUAUUGGUCAAAUUAUAUGCUAUACACACAGCUAAAUGCUUUUAUUUACAAAGAACCAACGAUAAUGACUUCACUACUCCCUUGCUGCAAUAAUCAUCGAUGGAGUAAGUUAUUUGCUCUUCACUAGUUCUUACGGCAGAAAAGUAAAAUGUAUCCAGUGUUGAGCUGUUUUAAUGCUUGUCUACACGAUUUAUAAUAUAUAGGGAGCGUGCAUGAACUGUAGGAGGCAGCACAGGAGCCGUCAGAUUUUUGGCGCGAGGCGUAAAUGUGAUGUUUAUUGUUCCGAUGUGGCCCACAAGAUGGCAGAACCUACUAUGCACAAGAAAACACGUGACGUGUAAAUGUACAUGUUUAUGGUUACGAUUCAGGCCACAAGAUGGUAGACCCUCCAACGCCCACGGUCCAUACUAUACUUACAAUUACAAUAUUGUCAAUAAUACAAAUUCAUAAACUUUAAAUAACUGGGGGCCUACCGCGAAAACCGAAAUUCGCAAAUUGCGGGAUCUUUCUCUUUUAUCCUAAGAUGUAAUUAGAAUGACAAAGAUAAAUGCCCGUAAUUGACAUUGCAUGCUCUUUGAUAGCCGGUCUUUGUUCUCUCUUAUUUAAAUGAUUUACUCUCUGGCAACCCACACUACUGUCAGUGUCAGUACAGUCGAUCAUCUAUAUUUACUAAAAAAUUGCUUGUGGGAUUUUUUACAUUAAAAUGUUACGUGUCUGGGAUUUAGUGAGUCUUUUGUCAUAAUUGUAACAGUAAACAGCUUUUAAUACGUCAGUCACAUUUUAUCUACAUAUGUAUAAUCCUGGUUAGUUUUUGUUUUAAUGAACGUAACAAAAAGGAGAUAUAAGGAAAUUCAGACUGCUAUUCAUAGUCAUGGCAUCUAAACAGAUAGACAUCAAAACUAUAUUGGAACAGUUUCAAAAAGAUGUAGAUUAUGCUAUUUCUGAAUCAUCAAAGAAGAAUCAAGCACAUAGAAGUUCAGACUCAAUUCAUGGGACAACUAGUGAUAUUAGAAAUGAGAAUGUCGGUAAGAUAACUCGGACAGUAACAUCGAAAAGACUAUGUGAUGCUAAAAUAGAGCAGGAGCACAAUUCAGAUUUAAAGAGACCAAAAAGAAUGUCUAUUAAUGACUCGGAAUUGAAAUUUAGAUGCAGUUUUUGCUCCGCGAGAUUCCCUUCUCUUACUAUAGUAAGAGACCAUACCAGAGCAUGCCAUAGAGACGAAAAUGAACGGAGGAGAGAAGGAAAAUCGAAUCACAAUAGCACUAAACUUAAAUCUGUAGUAGGUAAUGGUACAACAGGAUCAAAGUUAUACCAACACCUAGAGAAGAAAUCAACAUUUCUGUUUAGAUGCAACGCUUGCAAAUUUGCUAGUGUAUCUUAUAACCACAUUAUUGAACAUUGCCAAUAUCAUGUUGUCACAUCUGAAAAUCCAGAGGUGUUUGUCUCUAGAAACUCAACAAGGAAAUGCGUAAUAUCUAAUGCGGAAUUUGAUGUUGAUUUUGACACAUACAAUGAAUGUAAAUAUGGUUCAGAUUAUGCUUAUACAUUAAUAUAUUGCGACUAUAAUCUUUUGAAACAGGACAAGUGGCCAGGCAUUGUGGAUGACUUACCGAAGCCAGAAAUAGACAUGAUUAACUGUAAUAGUAUAUAUUAUUUCACACGAAUUGUUCGCUUGACAUCUCGGAAAAAGGUGUCAUCUGCCCCAUUUAUGAUCUUCCAAUGUGAGAAAUGUCUGAAAUAUAUUGAUCCACAUUCCGUAUUGGCACAUGUCGUAGAAAACUCAUGCAAUAAAGAGCUUGCUGAAUUCCCUUGUUAUGAAUGCAAGAGACCAUUUCUUGAUGAGAAUACCAUGUAUCUACACUAUAAGAUGCAUCAAGCUGCAGUCAGCUCUAAUAUGAAGUUCAGGACAGUAUUUUUCAAUCAUAAAGAUGAUGAUUUCUUUAAUGCACUUUUACUAAAAGCAGCUGGGGUUAUAAUGCAAAAUGUAUUAAGUAGAAAAAAAAAUGCACUGCAAAAACUAUUAUCUGAUGAUGCGAAGGCGCAACUUCAAGUAAAAAUUAGCCCUGCCGCAAACAUCCUAAAAGCUAAUGAGCAUGGCCUGCAAAAUGGACCAAGUGGAUCAAACUUUCCACAAUUAAGACUGUCAUGUGAUAAAGCAAAGACACAAAUUCAAGUAAAAAUGAGCCCACAAGCUAAAGAUGUUCAAAAAGUUACUGAAGGUACCUCUCAAAAUGUACCAGAUUGGUCAAAAUUAGCACGACCAACACUGUCAUCUGAUAUAAUAAAGACACAAGAAAAUAACAGCAUCCCAGUAAAGGAUAUUCGAAAAAUUACUGAGCUUACCCAGCAAAAUGCACCAAGCUCACAACUACAGAGAUUACUAACAUCUGGUGCUGCAAAGGAACCAAUUCAAUUGAAAAUUGUUCUUGAAAGACAUGAUGCUAGAUCACUCCUUAUUCCAGGAACUACAAUUGGUGUUCAAAACAAAACUGUGUCAUCUAAAAUCACCAGUAAUAUUGCAAAAGAUACAGAUAAAGCAACUACAGUUUAUAAAUGCCAAUGUGACUUAUCCUUCCAUGAAUUGGAAUAUAUGUUCAGACAUCUGGGAAAAUGCCCUUCAGAAAAGUCAGCCAGAAUUUCUUGUGUUUGUGGGUUAGUUUUUGAUGAACAGCAAUAUCAACUCCAUUAUGGUAUUCAUAUCCAAGGUUUCACGAAACUGAAUGUAAAAAGAAUUACGAUGUGUGAUGAGAAAAUAUUAGGCAUAAAUAACAAAGUAAAUGAAAAAGAAAAGAGAGAAUUAGACUACAAUCAACUUUGCAAUAAAGCAAUUUCGGAGCUUAUAAAUAUAAUACAAAAUGUAGCUUCAAGUUUGCCACAUAUUAGAAAGAUCAAAACAGAGGUAAAGGAGAAAAUAAUUGAAAAUGAAACACGGUCUGCUGGUUCAGGGGAUGAUUUAAUUACAAAAGCUAUGAAAUCUCAAGGAACAAUGACUGAAAGGGAAACACUGAAGUCAGUGGGGACAGACACAAAUGAUUUAAAUAUAUCAGUGUUAAAAUCUCAAGGAACUAUGGCUAUGAUAGGAGUACAAACUGUUCAUGAAAAGAAUAAUGAACUUUGCAAUAGAAAACAAGUUAUUAAUACUAAGUUGGUGUGUUUAGGGACAGAUGAUUUAAAUAAAUCAGUCAUGAAAUGGCACAGUCAGGCACAAACUAGUGUUGAAGUGAAUAAAGAAUUUAGUAAUACACAACAAGCUGGUGAUACAAAGUCAGUUGAUUCUGUGUCAGAUGAUUUAUGUAUAUCAGUUAUGAAAUCUCAAAGUAAAAUUGCUAUUGUUGUACCAGAAAUACAAACUGCUUAUGCGGUAAAUGAAGUAAAAAAUAAUAUGAAAGACGAUGCUAAAACAAUGUUAGUUCGUUCAGGAGCUGGUGAUAUGAAGACUAACACAGAAGCAGUACAAACAGAAAUGUCAAGCAGUUGUUUUGAACUAAAUAUUUCAAAUGCAAGAGAAGAAAAUAAUGAUAGAUUAACAGAUGAUGUGAACAAUACAUUUAUGAAACCAAAUGAAAAUCUCAGUUGUGGCGCAGAUAAUACAGACGAAAAUCAGUCCAUGGUUGAAACUACAAUCGAAGCAGAGACGAAAGAAUAUGUUACAAACAAAGCUCAACAUAGUAAUGAUUCCACUGGAAAUAUUUGUGAGAAAAAUAUAAAUAUUAGUGACACAAAACAUGAAGAUCACAACAAAACAGUGAUUAAAGAAUGUGAUCAAACACAAAAGUCACUCAACAUGGAUCAAGAGAAUGACGCACCCGAAACACAGACUGAUAACAACAAGGAAUAUGAAAAAACCAGUGAAACAAAUGAAUCUGAAAACAAUAAAGAUGUGAAUGAAACUGAGCAAGGCAGUACGGAUAGUAAAAUUUAUACGGAAGAUGAAUUGCUGAAUGGACCAGAAAAUCCUGAAAUGCCUAUUUACUUUGAUGUUGUCGAAGAAUCACUGGUGACUGAUGAUGAAGGUCUAAUACUACUUUAUGAAGAUGAUGAAACGGAAGAUUAAAAAAAACGAAGGAUGUACAGGUAAAAUUCUUCUAGUUUAUGACGAAUGAUUUUUAUAUGAUUGUUUUUUCCUUGAUACAAAUAGAGUACAGGAAAACACUUUACGCUCAUUUUUAUAUAUAAAAAAAAACAACGGGAUGCACUCCGGGAGUGCCGGCAGAAGGGGUUAUUCCCACUAGUUACCACCAAGUUGUUACCAGUGGUAACUACUGGGUUUUUUUUUCCCAUCUUUUACCACUGAUAACUAUUGGGCAAAAAAAUUCACCAAACCAAGUUGAUGGUAACUAGUGGGUUUUUUUUUUUCCCCAGUAGUAAAAGUGGUAAAAGGUGGAAAAAAAAACCCAGUAGUUACCACUGGUAACAACUCGGUGGUAACUAGUGGGAAUAACCCGGCAGAAGUGGAACCUUGAAUAUUAAUGUUGUGCAUUUUUGAUAUUUUGGAAUGGUCAGGGAAUAAUUUUGCACGAAUUGCUUUAAUUAUCAGUAUAAAAGUACUAUCAUUUAUGUGGUAAAAUACAAUAUUCAUUUAUUGCGCUAUCGUACAAAAACAUGACAAUUAUAUUGCAUUAAAAAUGUAACACUUCAGAACUAUUACAAUUAUUUAACAUUAAAAAACUUAUCUCUCAGAAAAAUCAAUUUCCAUUCAUAAUUUCAUCGACUCUUACACCAUCAUCAUUACUAGAACCAUCAUGGAGUUUUUCGAUCAGGUCACGUGUUCGUCUUACGAGUUUUCAAUCUGGCGACGUGACCUGUCGCAAGUUUAACAUUUUUCCCCAUCACAAAAAGUGCACAGCGCUGCUAAAGUUUUCACUACUAAAAAAUGAAAGGCAAGGUUCGAGCAUGAGUCCUUUCGGAACACCGGUUCGAUAGUUUUUAGCCAACUUAGCUACCGAAUCUUACCCGAAGCGUGCGAAUAUUUCCAUUGCUUCUUUUAUUGUUUAAGCGAUGUAUUUUUCCUUUAGUAUAAAAAAAUGGAGUAUCGCUCGUAGACAUAAUAUAUCUGCUUGGUAAAAAUUACGCAAGUUUGUAAUCAUAUAUGACAAGGUAGAAAAUGUAUAACAACCAUCUGUUAAUCACAACCUAGAAUUAACCAAGGUGUAGAUUUUUUUUAAUUGACUGAUAUAACAUAAUAUUACAAACUUUGAGAAGUUAUAUAUGGAAAUAUUACGUAAAAAGCUAGUCAAUUUCAUAGUGAAUAAUUAAUCUUACAGAUGUAUGACGAUAACCUCGACGUUAUUUUAUCCGACACAGUACAGAGCACACUGUCUGCGUGUGCAAAAAUUUUGGACCCGUGCACGACUGCACGCACACGUUACGCAAGCGGUGUCCCGGGGCCUACCGCGAAAACCGAAAUUCGCAAAUUGAGGGGAUCUUUCUUUUUACUCUCACUAAGACGUAAUUAGAGUGACAAAGAAAAAUGCCCACAAUUGACGAACUUCGAUUUUCGCGGUUAUAGCACCCGUAUCUCAUAAGGAUGUGUAUAUAUAACAACGUGCAAAGUGCAUGUCUACUCGCAAGCUUCCGGCGUGUACACGGGCCUUUAAUGUUUUUUUAACUCUUGUAUUAAGUUAUAUUAAUUUGUAAUAACGAAUAAAUAUUAGUCCUAAUUUAUGUAAUGACGUAUCUAACAAUAAUGAAUUCCUUAUUAAAUGAUUUUUGAAGA